AAAGUACGUCAUCAAUCGAUGAGGUUACCAACUUCUUCUGAAUUGGUUUUCCUGUCUGAUGAUGAACUUUAAGAUUUCUUUGGUAUAAAAGCUGUGAUACCUUUUGAUGUUCAUCUAGCUUGAGAUCAGAUAUCCUUAAGAGUCUCUUUCUUUAGCCGUCUGUCUAUCAUCCUAAGUAAAUAUUACUUCAUAAAGCUAGAUUUGAAUUUCAGUCAAGAAACUUAUUCCUAGCCUACCUUCUUGACCAUUCUCUAUUUAGUGAAAGCUAUUUACUUACCUUUUGAUACCUUACAUCAUUCCCUUUGGUGUUUUACUUCAUUUAUAAUCUCACUUACUCCUGUCAUUCGGCAUAAUGACUAUCGCUACUUCUAUUCCACCUGUCUUGACUAAUCCCCUUAAGGUCAUUGAUAAGAAAGCUUCGAUGUUACUCAAUGGAUCUGACUUGAAAGCUACUGUUAAAGUUACGGAUUCUGGUUUUGCAGUCACUGGUUCUGAAAAAUUGGCCUAUUCAUUUGUCAAGAUAGAUGACAUCUUUUCGAUCUCUCAUAAUGAUUUAAAAUCUGUUUACGAGAAUUGGGGUCGUUGUUUAUUAGUCACUGAUAAGAUUGUAUGGCAGUAUUAUAAAGAGCGUGUUGAGAAAUAUUUUAAUCAUCAUGGUAUAUCAUUAACUGUCAAGAUCAUGCCACCUGGCGAAUUACACAAGACCAUGGAUACGAUGCUCUCCCUUGUCGACGCUUUCCAAGACUUUGGUUUAGUAAGAAAGGAGCCUGUGCUUGUAUUGGGUGGUGGUUUAGUCACCGAUGUAUGCGGAUACGCCUGUGCUUCGUACCGCAGAAGUUCAAACUUCAUCCGCAUACCCACUACCUUGAUAGGUCUUAUCGACGCUUCGGUAUCUAUCAAGGUGGCUGUCAAUCAUGGAAAAGCCAAGAAUAGAUUGGGUGCUUAUCACGCCCCGUUGAUCACCUAUUUGGAUUUCACGUCGUUGAAGACUCUUCCCACGGAUCAAGUGCGAAACGGCUUUGCAGAGCUCAUGAAGAUCUCCUCGGUUGGUGAUAUCAGGAUUUGGAGCUUGUUGGUGAAGUACGGUGUCGAGUUGAUCGAAACCAAAUUCGGAAGAUCUGAGAUUGCAAGUGAAAACUCGGGUCAAAUCAAAGAAAUUGCAGAUGAGGUCUGCGACAGAGGUAUCAAACUGAUGCUUGAUCUCGAGACGCCCAAUCUACACGAGAUUGGUCUUGAUCGGGUCAUUGCGUUCGGUCACACGUGGUCACCAACGUUAGAGCUCAAACCUAAGCUACCAUUAAGACAUGGACAUGCCAUUGCCAUAGAUAUGGCAUACUCUGCUACUCUAGCUUGGAGCAGAGGUUAUAUAACUGAAGCUGAUAGGGAUGAAGUCCUCGACUUAUUCCAUGGUGUCGGUCUCUCUGUUGACCAUGAAUUGUUUGAUGAUGAUUUGAUUGAGCAAGGGACGGCAGCCAUCUUAAAAACUCGAGAUGGUAAACAACGGUUUGCGGUGCCCAAGCCGCUCGGAAGCUGUGUUUUCAUCAACGAUGCUUCCCUAGACGAGUUGAAGUCUGUACUCAAGACACACAAGCAGAUUGUCAGUGAAAAGUAUGGCUCUGGAGUCGGUAUUGGAGCUUACGUCGAUGCAGGAGAUCUUGGUGAAGAUCCAGAUGCCUAUGCCAAUGGAGUUCGAUCGAAUGGUGCUCUGGCUUCCGAUCAAUCCACCACACCCUCGGCCGAAGUGGCUUCAAAGAAAACAUCAACAAAUGGACAUAUCUGAACUUCUGCAAAGCUUCGACAAAAGAACAAAACAUUAAGCCGGGCCUCUAUAAUCAGUCUAUUUAAAUCUGAAUGUCUCCAAUGUCCCUCAAAGUCGAUAUAACCGUUACCUUCUUCUACUUCCCCUGUAUUUUUUUCUAGAGAUAUGUGUUACUCUAUGGAGUCUAUCAUACUAAGAUAUGUACUCCUCUUGUCUGAUAUCACCUCAAGUAGCUCUGGUGAAAUCAACCACGAUUUCCUUCUAUGUAACCCUAUGAAAGUCAUCGUCUAGCGUCAUACCAUGCG